AAACUUCCGAUCCAAACCAGGAAAUCGGACCGUUCCUCGAUCGCUGUGUUCCCCCACCCCACACAUAAAACCCAACCAAACCCCGAGUCCCGUCGGACGAAAGGCAGCGGUCGACGACUCCGCACUCGCACGCUCUCGACUCUGCUGCUCCCAGCGAACCGCUCAAAGCGAUGCGAGAUUUGGAUUACAAGGCUUUAAGAAAGCGUAGGUAGAGCGCGAGAGAGACUACCGGAUUCGUCAAGAUGGUCGCGGGCAAGGUGAAGGCCGCCAUGGGAUUCCAGCGCAGCCCCGCUACCCCCAAGGCGGAGACGCCCCGGCGGUCGUCUUCCUCCCCGGCUUCCCACCACAAGCCGUCGGCGGCGUCGGCCGGGGGACACCAGCCGCCCCCCCCGCCGCCACCCUCUUCGAACGGCAAGGCCUCCGCCUCCUUCGCCCGUUCCUUCGGCGUCUACUUCCCCCGCGCCUCCGCCCAGGUCCAGCCCCGACCGCCCGACGUUGCCGAGCUGCUCCGCCUCGUGGAGGAGCUCCAGGAGAAGGAGUCCCGCCUCCGCACCCAGCUCCUGGAGCAGAAGCUCCUCAAGGAGACCGUCGCCAUCGUCCCUUUCCUCGAGAAGGAGAUCGCCGCCAGGGGCGAGGAGCUUGCGCGCGCCGCCGAAAAGAUCGAGCGCCUCGAGGCGGAGAACCGGGCGCUGCGGGACGAAGUCGAGACCUUGAGCUCCAAGAUGCGGAGCGGCGAGGAGGAGAGCCGGCGCAGGGAGAAAAGGAUCAGGGAUCUGGAGACGGAGUUGGGGGAGCUGAAGAAGGCGUCCACGGAGCAGAGCAAUGGCGAAUCGCGGCGACUCUGCGCGCGGACGGGGGAGAUGGACGACUGCUCGUCGUCGCAGAGGUUCCAAAACCUCAUCGAUGUGUCGGCGAGAUCAAAUCUUUCCAAGAGCAUGAGAAAAGCCCCCAGAUCCACGGACAUUGGUCCGGGUCAAGAGGUCCAGAAGCCGGAGAGCAGAGAUCCCAGAACGGAAGAAGGCGAAGGAGAAGCGGCGUCUCGACCAGCUCGGGGCGGCGAGAAAGAAGAUGCAUUGAAACCCCGAGCUCCUAGGGUUCCGAAACCCCCUCCGACGCCGUCCAUCUCCUGUAACUCCUCCACCUCAUAUUCUUCUUCGUCGUCGUCUACAACCUCCGAAACCACGUCCGGCGUCCCCACGAGCAGAGGCACUAGCUUGGCGAGCCUGCCGCCGAUCCCGCCGCCUGCCCCUGCGGUCGGAUCCCCGGUGACCGGUUGCCCCAGGCCCCCUCCGCCGCCUCCGCCUCCCCUGCCGCCAUCGAAGGGGUCGAGAUUGGUGGCGGCGAGCGUGAGGCGGGUGCCGGAAGUGGUGGAGUUCUACCACUCCCUGAUGCGGCGUGACUCCAAGAGGGAGCCCGGCGGCGUAGCGCCGGACGUGGCCCCUGCGUCUUCUGCGGCGGCCGCCAACGCGCGCGACAUGAUUGGCGAGAUCGAGAACCGCUCCGCUCACCUCCUGGCCAUAAAGACAGACGUGGAGACGCAGGGCGACUUCAUUAGGUUCUUAAUCAAGGAAGUGGAGCACGCGGCCUUCACCAACGUCGAAGACGUGGUCGCCUUCGUCAAAUGGCUGGACGACGAGCUCUCCUUCCUGGUGGACGAGAGGGCGGUGCUGAAGCACUUCGAGUGGCCGGAGCACAAGGCGGACGCCAUGCGGGAGGCGGCCUUCGGCUACUGCGACCUGAAGAAGCUGGUGUCCGAGGCGUCGUCGUUCCGCGACGACCCUCGCCAACCCUGCGCUUCCGCCCUCAAGAAGAUGCAGACGCUCUUAGAAAAACUGGAGCAAGGGGUGUUCAACCUGUCACGCGUGCGCGAGGGCGCGACGAAGCGGUACAGGGGGUUUGGUAUUCCUUGGGAAUGGAUGCUGGAGAGCGGAUACGUUAAUCAGAUCAAGUUGGCAUCAGUGAAGUUGGCAAUGAAGUACAUGAAAAGAGUUUCCUCAGAACUGGAGAACAUAGCAGGCAGCCCUGAAGAGGAGGAGCUCAUGCUUCAGGGUGUCCGAUUUGCCUUCAGAGUGCACCAGUUUGCAGGAGGUUUCGAUGUAGAAACCAUGCGAGCAUUCCAGGAACUGAAGGACAAAGCUCACAGUCUCCGGUUACAGAGCCCACACCACCACCACCACAAGCUCUAUUGCAGGUCUACAUCUCGCUAGGCAAGCAUCAUCAACUAUUACUACUCAUGUAAAGAUGGCGCGACGCCAUUUGAUCCACAUACAACUCCACCAUUCUAUUUUUAUCGCUGGACACAGCACACAAGUGAAAGGCCUAAUUAUUUGGAA